UGAGAGGGAAAUAAAAAGGGAAAUAAAAAGGAUAUUGAAGAUUUGAUAGGAUAUAUUAUAUAAUCAUAAAUGUUGUUGCUAAAGAGAGCGGGUAGAGAUUUAAAGAUCCAAGCGACGAGAAAAGGGAUUUACAGAAACAGAACGUGUUUAGAACCCUAUUUUUCUCUGUCGAUUCUUUGUUUCGAUCGUUUUUUUCUGCGUUUUUUUUGGUUUUUCUUGGUGGGUUUUGGGUUUUGAAGAUGAUGAUGGAGAUGGAGUGGCCUUCUUGUCUUGAUGAAUACGAAAAGCUUGUUAUUAGGAUGAACACACCCAGGGUUGUGAUUGAUAAUGGCGCUUGCUCUACUGCCACUCUCGUGAAGGUUGAUAGUGCUAGAAGAUAUGGAAAUCUCUUCGAGGCUGUACAGAUUCUUACUGAUAUUAACCUCUCGAUCAAGAAAGCUUAUGUUUCUUCAGAUGGGCGAUGGUUCAUGGAUGUGUUUCAUGUUACUGAUCAAAACGGCGAGAAAUUGACCGACGACACUGUGAUUCACUACCUCGAGCAGUCGCUCGGGACGACCCAUUAUCGGAGGAAUGAAGCGUUUAAUGGUGCCACCACGGCGUUGGAGCUCACCGGGACAGACCGUGUUGGUCUUCUGUCGGAGGUGUUUGCUGUGCUAGCUGAUCUGCAGUGUGAUGUGGUGGAAGCUAAAAUUUGGACUCACAAUGGCAGGAUUGCUUCCUUGAUCUAUGUCAAGGACUGCAACUCAGGUUCCCCCAUCGAAGACCGACAGAAAAUUGACAUCAUUGUAGCACGGUUAAGGAGUGUUCUUAAGGGAGACAAUGACAUUCGUAGCGCGAAGACGUCGGUGUCAAUGGCAGUAACACAUACCGAAAGGAGACUGCAUCAAAUGAUGUUUGCUGACCGUGAUUACGAAAGGAAGGCUAUCUUGAAGUCAAACGCUGCCGAUUCCCCUGGUGUAACGGUUCAGAACUGCGCCGAAAGGGGUUACUCGGUUGUGUACGUUCAAUGCAAAGAUCGAACGAAACUAUUGUUUGAUGUUAUAUUCACCUUGACAGACAUGGAAUAUGUGGUGUUUCAUGCCACAAUCAACACUGCAGAAGAAAGAGCAUAUCUGGAGUUCUACAUUAGGCAUAGCGACGGAACCCCAAUUAGUUCCGAACCCGAAAGGCAGCGAGUGAUUCAAUGCUUACAAGCUGCUAUACAAAGAAGAGCAUCUGAGGGUGUGAGGCUAGAACUAUGCACAGUGGACAGGCCAGGCCUUUUAGCAGAUGUGAUGAGGACGUUCCGAGAGAACGGUCUGAACGUAACGAGGGCCGAGAUCUCCACGGCGAGGGACAUGGCUCGAAACGUAUUCUACGUGACCGAUGCGGUUGGAAAUGCAGCUGAUCCAAAGACCAUAGAGUCGGUCAGACAAAGGAUUGGGUUGAGUAAGUUAAAGGUGAAGGAAGUUGCGUCGAGUUGUGAUCAAGCGACAGAGAGGGAAGAACAAACGGUCGGAGUUGGUGGGGCGGUGUUGUUUACGCUCGGAAGCAUGGUGAGGAGGAAUCUGUACAAUCUAGGACUGAUUAAGUCAUGUUCGUGAGCGAGCUCGAGAUCGAUUCGAUACUAGAAAAGAGUAGCGAGAUUGGUUUUAGUUUAUGAGAAAGAUUCUUUGCUUAUGGUAAUAUGAUUUGGUGUAUAUAAAGAAUAUAGAGAAAAGGUGGAAUUUGGUGUUAUAUAUGGGUUUGUUUGAAAGAGUUUUUUUAGUGUAUAGUUAAUGAUGUAAAUAUCAAAUUU